AGGUGGGUCGCCGACGCGGGGCCCGGCUCCUGGCGCGAGGAGAACCCGACGGGCGACGCGCGGUACUGGGGGCCCGCGUCGUGGCUCCGCUUCCUCGGCGGGCCAGGGGCGCUGGACCAGCGGCCGCCGCUCAGGAGGCUCUACACCACCCGCCUGGACGCCUUCGCGCUGGCCGCCUGCGCCCUGGAGAUGCUGGCCAAGCUCCACGUCGCGCGCUGCCCGCCCGAGGCCUUCAAGAGCGCGCCGGCUGGGGCCAGCGUCCAGGUGCGCUUCUUGCUGGAGGCCGAGCGCGUCAGGGCUUGCUGGCACGCCUACUGGGCGCUGGCCGUGGCCUUGUCGGCAUGA